UGUAUGGUGUGAAUGUAUACUGUCUCGUUUGUGAAGUAUUAACAUAAACUUGCAAAUUUGGAUGUGUGCAGACGAGGCAAGUUAUUGUUGAAUAGUGAGUUCCAUAAAGGCGAGUACUUAUUAAAUUAGACUUGUCUGUGGUGGCGAAGUAGUAAACUGUCAUUUCCAAGCAAAGUGUCGGUCUUAACAGCGAUUUGAGAGCUAGAGUGAAUGCCCUUUGACGCCCAGUGCACCAAGGUACAACCCCCGUUUCAAUCAGUGGGGGUUACAAUAUUUGUUCGCGUAAACUUUUGAAAUGAAUGUGACAUGGUGCUGUGAAAUUCCAAAAAUUCAUCGACAGGCAAUAGGCAUUUCCUGAUACACUCUUUUGAAUCAACAGUGGUACGUUGUGAGAAAGCUUUUCCGAGUAGUGAUUGAAGAAUGUUUGCUAAGAAGAAAAAGAAACCGCAGAUUUCCUCUCCCACAAACUUUGAACACCGUGUGCACACGGGAUUCGACAAGAGGGAGGGGCGGUAUGUGGGGCUUCCACUACAGUGGGCGAGCAUCGUUGGAAACAAUCAAAUCCUGAAGAGUACAAACAGACCACUACCUCUGGUCGACCCUUCUGAAAUAACACCAACUGAGAUUUUGGACUUAAAAACAAUCGUUCGUGGUGAUCCUCGGCUGAGUGGCAUUCCGAAGACUUCGAAUGUCGCCCGAUCGAACUCGUUGCGAUCGUCGAGCCCGCCGCGGCUGUCGAGGCGCGGGGAGUACCGCCAGGCUGCUGCUGGUGUGCCGCCACCAGUGCCAGAGGGGGAAGUGAUGCCUCCACUGCCCCAUCAGCAGCAGCUUUACAGUGGGGGCGGGCCGACGGCUGGACCUCCUGGCCCUGGCGGGUCCGUGAAGCACCAGCCCUAUCUGAAGCAGUCCUCGCCAGAAGGUGGAGACUGGCUGACCGGCAGCAGCCGCACUGCUGAGGCCGGUGGCGACUACCGCGGCACCCCGGCUUCGGCGUACCAGCAGAACCUGGCGAACGGCAACCUACCUCCUGCUGCCACCUCCCCCACCGUGGGACCCGUGACGGGGGCGUACCGCCCGCCUGUGUCGCAGUCGCCUGCCACACCGGGCCCGCAGCAGCCCCAGUGGCAUCAGCAGGCGCCCCACCACCACCCGCCCCACACCCACAACAUAAACACCAAGGUCAGCCAGUUGCCCCCCACGGACGGACGAACGUCGCACCACGCCGCUACCCCUAAUGUCGGCGAGGCACAGCCGCAUGCGGUGGCGGAUCGCGACAGGAAUCACAACCACGGCCACGGCCACGGCCACGGCCACCCGCAGCAGCACUUACCGCCGGCACAGGCGCAGCUCCCGCCCACUGCUGCCACACCGCAGCCGUCGUCUGGUGUCGCCCCCCAGGCUGCUGCUGCCGGCAGUGGGGGAGGAGCUAAACCGCCACAGCACGAGCAACAGAGGCUCACCCACGAGCAGUUCAGAGCUGCUCUUCAAAUGGUGGUGAGCCCUGGUGACCCACGUGAAAACCUGGAGCAGUUCACCAAAAUUGGUGAAGGCUCUACAGGAACUGUGUGCAUUGCUGUGGAGAAGUCUACAGGCCGCCAGGUUGCUGUCAAAAAGAUGGAUCUCCGGAAACAGCAGCGGCGGGAACUUCUAUUCAAUGAGGUGGUGAUAAUGCGUGACUACCACCACCCAAACAUCGUGGAGAUGUACGACAGCUUCCUGGUGCAGGACGAGCUGUGGGUGGUGAUGGAGUUCCUGGAGGGGGGCGCCCUGACGGACAUCGUGACGCACGAGCGCAUGGACGAGCAGCAGAUCGCGACGGUGUGCCGGCAGUGCCUGCGCGCUCUCUCCUACCUGCACUCACAGGGUGUCAUCCACCGUGACAUCAAGUCUGACUCCAUUCUGCUAGCUGCUGAUGGGAGGGUAAAGCUGUCAGACUUUGGUUUCUGUGCCCAAGUUUCACAAGAACUUCCAAAGCGAAAAUCACUUGUUGGAACACCGUAUUGGAUGUCACCAGAAGUUAUCUCUAGGCUUCCAUAUGGGCCAGAAGUUGACAUAUGGUCACUUGGUAUUAUGGUGAUAGAGAUGGUUGAUGGUGAACCUCCUUUCUUCAAUGAACCACCACUGCAAGCAAUGCGCCGAAUAAGGGAUAUGCCUCCUCCAAAACUGAAGAACACUCACAAGGUAUCACCAAGGCUGCAGGGAUUCUUGGAGAGGAUGCUUGUCCGAGAUCCUGCGCAGAGGGCGACAGCGGCGGAGCUGCUGCAGCACCCUUUCCUGAGGCAGGCGGGCUCCCCGGCACUCCUGGUGCCGCUCAUGAGAGGCUCACGCCACAGCAGCUGCUAGUCGCAGAAGCCGACCUCCCGCAGUAACCCGAGUAGUGUAUGUUACACAGUCAAGUGCCUGUUUGUGCCAUUCCAGUGCACAUCUACCUAAUUCUACCACAAAAUGAUCACAAAGUGAUCCUUUUUAACACGGGUCUGGUUGAACACAAAGUGGGAAACUAUAUUCGUGGAUUUGGCAGCUUGUGCGUUUAUGUCUUCGUCAUUUUGAAGAACUUAUUGAUACUGUGGUGAGAUCUGCCUGUGUAUAGUGUUUAGUCUCCACAUGUUGCUGUUAAGGGUAUUGAGCUUGUAUUUACCUCAGCUAAUGCUUAUUGCCCAGUAAAUGUGGAAUUAUGUUGGCAAAAUUUCUAGAUACAGAUGUUGCAAAUGUACUUAUUGUGUACUGUAGCACCCGGAAUUUUAUAUAAUAUUUUUAUUAGUGAGUAGCAGUAAACAAGACUUUUUGAGAAGUAAAUAGGAUACUGCAUUAGUAACAGCAAGAAUCUACCUUUAUGUAUGUAGGUGUUAUUAAAGCUUUCCAAAGAUUGGAUCGAAGGAUGGAAAUAAAAAUGUAUUUCUGUUUGCUGGUAUUAAUGCAAGUUCUUGAAUGUAUUUACAAGAAAAUAGUUAAGUUUAUCUCUCUUCAAGAACAUUCAGCAUUAAGCAGUAACAGUGAUAUCGAACUUCCCAAGGGACUAAAACUGUGUGCCACCCAGGACUCCAACUGUAGUUUUGCAUUUUGCAGACUUCAAUAGAAGAAUUCCUGUGAAAGCCAAUGAUCUGGGUGAAAAGAUCUGGUCCAGCACACACUUUUAUUCUCUCGGAAAGUUUCAUUGCAGCGUACACUCAAGUGUGGAGUGAAACAUGUAUGCUGGACUGGAAAUACAUGUUCAUUAGGUGAAAAAUCCAUGUGGAAAUUUUCAUAUGUUCAUCACCUUUGCUUGAUUGAAAGGUUUAUUUAUCAAGUUGUGUGCAGCAAAUAGGAAACAAUGCUCUAAGGCAGCUGUGACAGAGUUCUUUUAAUUACUAGAAGCUCAUUCACAAUGAUUUGUGUGUGGUACAGUAAAUUCUUCCCAUUUAGUAAUUAAUUGAUUGAAAUUUGUUGCAACUCAUCUAUCUUUGUAUAGUUGUACAGUCUUUAAGGUGUAUGGUAAACAAAAUGUGUAUUUCCUAAUGAAAGGAUAAAAUGAAGUAUCUCAGUGGCCUUUGCAUACAAUGAGUUAAGAUGAUAUUUUUGUAGCAGUUAAGCACUGCCCUGGCAGUGGGAAACCUUCCUUAUGUUCCAAUAGAAUGGUGUAGGGAAGUCACAGAAAGCGCAAGAUGAGAGAGACUGGGGGUUAGAUGUCAGUCAUUCAUGUAAAUGUAUUGUUGUCUUCAUGUUGCAGCAUGUCAGUUGAUUGGUUAUUUGAAUUUAGCUUAUCUGGGCUGUUCUCAUUGCAUCUGGAUGGUGUUGUAUUUGCUGACAGGCACAUAAGGAAGACUAAAGCUUUCGGACAAAUACAUACAUAGACAUACAUACCCCUGUGAACACUGCGUCACCCCCCCCCCUCCUCACACACACACACACACACACAC